AUGGAGAAUGGAAUUUGCAAAAAAAGGAUUUUGAAUUUUGAAGUUAUUUUGAAUCGUAAGGGUGACACAAUUGGUAAAAUGGUUGAGAGUUGUCUAAUUACAUGGGGUAUUGAGAAGGUUUUUACAAUAACUGUGGAUAAUACGAGCUUUAAUGAUACAGUUAUUUCCUUUCUGAAAAAGAAAAUACAAAAUUGGGGACAUGUAAUUUUAGAUGCUCAAUACUUGCGUAUGCGUUGUUGUGCUCAUGUGUUAAACUUGAUUGUGUGUGAUGGGUUAAAAGAUUAUUAUCUUGCAAUUCAAGUUAUUAGAAAUGUUGUGAGGUAUUUUAGAUCCUCACCUUCAAGGUUGGCUAAGUUCAAGGAAUUUGUGAAGAUAGAAAAGUUAAAUGUUACUGGAACUGUAUGUUUAGAUGUUUCCACUAGGUGGAAUUCAACUUACUUGAUGUUGGAGUCGGCUUUGAAGUAUAGAAAAACAUUUAAUAGCUUGUUGAAUGAAGUAAAUGCAAAGAAAAAGUAUGAUGUCACUAGAGUCGGGCCACCUAGUGAUAUUGAUUGGGAUGUUGCACAAGCAUUUAUGCUUCGAGUGCUUACUUUCAUGAUAUGUGUUUAUUGCAUAGCCAUAUUGAUGAAUGCAUUGAAAAGUGAGGAUUGGCAGAGUUUGGAAGAAAUGUACCCUAUUGGUGAUAUUGCAUGGAAAAAGAAGUUAAAAGCCACUUUGACUGGAAUCUAUGACUUUUAUUUGGAAAAAGAUCAUAUGCAUGCCAGAAGUUCUUAUUCAAACAAUAAUCAUAACAAAAGAAAAGUUAAUGAGAAUCUUAGCAUACAAGAGAAGCGUAUGCUAAAAUAUAAGGCACAUUUGGAAGAUGAAAAACCAGGAGAAAUGAGUAAGCUUGAAAGAUAUUCGUCAGAUAACCAAGAGCCAAGCUAUGAGUCAUUUGACUUGUUGGAUUGGUGGAAGACAAAUGAAGCAAAAUAUAAGAUUUUAGAAAAAAUUACAUGGGAUGUCUUGGCUGUUCCAGUUUCCACAGUUGCUUUGGAAUCCGCAUUUAGCACCAGGGUAGAGUUUUGGAUUCAUUUAGGAGUAGUCUUUCUCUUAAAACAAUGCAAGCGCUUAUAUGCACACAAAAUUGGAUUGGGGGUGUGUUUAACAAAAAUGCAAAAGUUGGUUACGAAGAUGUGUUAA